AUGGCCCAGGGUGGACCGACCAUGGUGAGGUACCUCAGGUACCCCGACCUCGUACAUUUGACUUUGACACCCGUCGACUUCUGUCCCCAAACUCACGGGCGGCGAGAGUCGACCUCGCCUGGAGCCUGCCUGGCUGUGACGGAGAGAGCGGCCCUGGUGGCACAUGGCCGGCUUGUUGCAAGCGAGCAGCACAAAGUCCCGUUGACGCCAUCAGCACGGGAGGGCAGCGGCGGACCCCCCCAAAAGGACGGCCAGCGUCACGACAAGCACGCGCUCGGUGUCUGGGGCCCAUGUCUGGCGGCUGCCGGAAGCGGGUCGGUCUCGGGAGCACCGCGGCCAAGCCCAGCCAGAAGCUUGUCGGCCACCCCCCCUGUCGCAGGCCCGCUCUCUGGCGCUGCUGUGCCUCGUGGUUUCGGUUCGCUGUCGCCUUUUGGUCGCGCUGAUGGUCGUCCCGUCAGGCAGUCGGGCAGAGGGUGA